AUGGAAGUUCUGCAAUGUGCGGAUUGCAGCGCCGACGAUCCUCAGUGGGCUUCAAUCAAUCGCGGCGUCCUUAUAUGUACGGACUGCUGCUCAGUUCAUAGAAAUCUAGGAAGACAGUACUCGCAAGUUCGUUCAUUGAACCGCGGAAUGUGGGACACACCACAGUUGGAACUCGUCAAACUACUGCACAAGUGAACUGGCUCUAACCGCGUAUGGGAACAUGCGAUGCUCGACCCAGCUUCGUCUUCAAAGUUCAAAAGAAAACCUUUGCCGCAUGACCCCAUCCUUCCUACAAAGGAAGCUUUUAUUAAAGCCAAAUACGUUGAUCACGCGUUCAUUCGCAAGCCGGGUAAGGAUGAAGAACCAUGGAAUUUAGACGAUGUCAAUAAACAGCUGUGGUCUUGCGUUCGCACCGCUCACGUCGAUACAACUCUACGAUUGUUAGCAAUGGGAGCUGAUGUCCAUUAUGUAGAUCCUGAGAAGGGGAACAGUGCGUUGCAUAUUGCUGCCAAAGAAGGACAAGCUAUGCAGGUCGGUUUAUUUGAACCUGAUAUCAAAGGAGGCAAUGAUUAA